GUAGCCGCCCGUUCCCAACACUCCUGGGCAGUCUGGGUUUUCAGCUUCUGGAACAGAUCUGCUCUCAAGCAACGCCACCUGUCAGGUCAGCAUCCCCAUCCCCACCUCUAGUCCAGAGUUGGACGGCCGUGAUGGCCGGGAAGCAGCUCCCACGGUUUUCACUUCCGGAAACGGCAGCUAUCACGCUCGAGGUUGGCCCCCGCACCCUUCUUGUCGAGCAGCCAUCGCCAAAGAUUGCGCGCUGGGUCUGGACGACGAAAGAGAGACAGACGGACGGGUAGACAGGGUCGCACGCGGGCUCCCCGACGUGUUAUUUAUUGAUUUCGGGUACCUACCCGAUCUCCAUCCUCGAUCGCACUCCUAAAGACCCGAUCAGAGCUCGACUGUUUUCUCCCCCACAGCCCCUCUUUCCCCAUCUCCUCGAUCUAGGAGCUUCAACUGCCUGCAUGCAGCCUCUCCCCUUCGGCCCUACUGUCACUGCACUUUGAGUCGUCUCCCCGUCGGCGUCUCCGAACCAAAUUGUAGGGCGCACCACCUACCUACUAGAGCAGCAAUGGCAUCUACUUCCUCCUCUCCGCGCCCCUCCCUGCCGACCCCGCCCUUCAUCGAGGUCCCAGGCGUGCCAAAUUUCCGGGACCUCGGGGGCUACGCCGCGGCCGCGCACCCAGGAAAGCUCUUCAGGCGCAACCUCAUCUUUCGCUCGAGCGAGCCGUCCAAGCUGACGGAUGAGGGCGUCCGCAAGCUGCAGGAGCUCGGCGUCGUCAAGGUCUACGACCUGCGCUCCGCGGCCGAGAUUGAGAGCCACAGGGUCAAGCACGACCACAAGGUGGUGGAGUGGGACGGCGCCGAGCGCGUGCUCCUGUCCACCUUUGUCGACGAGGACUACAGCCCCGAGGCUCUCGCCCUGCGCUUCAGCCGCUUCUCGGGGGAGGGGACCAAGGGUUUCGUCCUCGCCUAUGAGCGCAUCCUGGAGGUCGCGGCGCAGGCGAGCCACCCGUACCGCCCCUUCCGCACCAUCCUCGAGCAGCUCUCGACCGAGGAGCCGCCGGCGCCGAUGCUGUUACACUGCAGCGCGGGCAAGGACCGGACGGGCGUCAUCUGCGCCAUCCUGCUCAGCCUGUGCGGCGUCGAGGACGAGGUGGUAGCGCACGAGUACAGCCUGACCGAAGCUGGACUCGGCCACCGGAACCAAGAGUUCGUCUCGGCCCUUUCUGCGAGCGGGCCUCUCGAGGGUAACGUUGCAGGAGCGGCGAGGAUGGUCAGCGCGCGUAAGCAGACGAUGCUGGACACCCUCGCCAUGCUGCGCGGCAAGUACGGGUCCGUCGAGCGGUACGCCACGGAGCACUGCGGCCUCGGCGCCGAGGCCCUCGGGCGGCUACGCAGGAACCUACUAGUCGACGUGGACAGCGACGACGGAGGGCCGCCCCUGGACUGGAGGCGCAACGCGGAGCUCGCCGAGGAAGUGAGGAAGCUCUACGUCGUCACUGGCGCCUGAGGUUGGUUGGAGCCAGCGGGAGGUAACUGUGUCGUGUACUUGAAAGGGGCUGUGGCGCGACGGGCGGGGGAUCCGGGCCAAGCCCUGGGGGUAUUCAUGAUAUAUAGACCGGUGGGUAGGUAGACUGCCGAUAGAUGAAACUUUGAUGGUGCUGGG